AUGGCUGAGCCAAUCAAAGGCUCUCUCCUGGUCCAAGGAGAUGAGCCCAAUGUUGAGGCCGGACAGGUCUGCAGCCGUCAACAGGUCUCGAAGCAGGAACAGAUUGUCCUGGAUGGUCCUGCCUGGCACGCACCACACCCUCUGGAUGAAUAUCCAGAGGAUAUUGCCCGAAAGGGCCAGACCAAGAAAUUUUGGGCUCUCUUGGAGACAUUGAAGGUGUUAGAUGACAUUUCAUCCCCUUAUGACAAGAGGAAAUGAAUGGUGGUGCCAGCUGUCCAGAAAGUGAUUUGCCUGAAACCGAAGCACAAAUUUGCAUACAUGGAGUGCCAGGUCCAUGAGAUGGGCUGGAAAUACAAAGUCUUUACCUUUGUGCUGGAGAAAAUAUGCAAGAGAUUUUCCAAGAAGAAGAAGAUGCUAAUGAAACAUCAGAAGCAGGUGUGGAAAUGUGUUGAAGGCAAGAUUGCCAAAUAAACAGAUAUGCUGAAGCAGUACAGCAUUGGGUAA